UAGAAACCCGGAUUUGAGGCGGUCCGGUCGUCUUUACGAACACCAUUCAUAGGACAGAUAGCCCAUUCGCAGAUUCGUGCUGAGAAAGAAAACUCCUGUCGGAGACGGAGAAAUGGGGUGGGUGUGGAGAGACGACGGAGAUGGCGCCGAUUCAAUUUCCGCCGACGUCACCAAGAACGACUCGCAAUCGGACGACCGGUGCUCCACCCGCAAGGUCGUGAAGUCGCAGUGCAAGACCCAGGAGGUCGAGCCCGGGAAAUUCAUCAGGAAGUGCGAAAAGACCGAGGAGAUCUUCCGGAGCUGCAUUGGAAAGCCCUCUGAAUUGGUCCAGUCUAACAAGGAGUACACUGAAGAAGAUGUGACCGCAGAGAUGCAGAGAGGUUUUGUCUCUCCUGGAUCUUUGGACGAUGGACAUUUCAACUUCCCGGGGCUUCGGAGUGAUAUUGACGCCAUUGGACAAAGCCUCUUUGGGAAUAUUGAUCGAUUCUUCCAGGAAGCUGAGGACAUGAAGAACAGCUUCUUCAAAAGCAUCUUUGAUGGCUUUCAAUCACCUGACUGGGACUCUUCGUCCUCAUCUUCUAGGCGAGGAAUUCCCAUUGAAGGCCACCCUCCAACGGUGACACCCAGUGAGCCCAAGUAUGGGCAAGUUGAUGUUAAUGGAUUGGCCAGAGAAGUGUAGUGAGCUAAUGCUAGGCUAUUCUUCCUAGUUCCUUCCAGAAGUAAGUGGGCGCACUCUGUUUUUGUGAAUUCUCUGGUCCGAUCAACCCCCCCGCCGCCGUCUCUUACCACUUGAUGACGCGCUCUGUUUUCCUUGGUUUUUUCGGGUACAGAAGAAUUAAGAUUAUAAUAUCGUUUUGCUUAGUCUGAGAUGUUCUUGAGAUGCAAUGGCUGCUCUCACCUCAUUAGAGUCUAAUAUCUGCUCUUAAGAUCCUCGGACCCUUGUAAAUUUCCCGAGGUAUGCAUGUUCUCUCAGAUAAUAAGAUGGUUCGUACGUUCGUCAUGUUGAGUUUCAAACAAUGUGAGCUGUGGGGACACGAUAGUUCGUGCUA